UGUAUGUGUGUGGGUGUGGGUGUGGGUGUGGUGUGUGCGCGUGUACACUACAUGUAUGAAAAUUCCUCUUUACUUGUUUGUGUGUAUGUAUGCGUGCGUGAAAUCUUGAAAUUUUUUUAUAUAUAUUCAAUACAUUUUAUAAUCGAUAUAUUUAAAAAUCGCAAAUUAUUUAAGUCUGUGAUUUCCUAGUCAUAUUGUGUAUGCAAACUGAGAUAACGGUCGUUAUAGCAACAAUUACCAAACAAUAAUGCGUUCUAUAUUGUUGUGUAUGCUCAUCAGGUGCAAUGGAAUGUUGAUAUCUUUGACAACAAUUAUUAUCAAAUAAUGCAUACAUUAAAAUUGGUAAUGAUAGGACCGACUGAGAGCGGAAAGACCACGAUAGCUAAUUUUCUAGCAGAUGCUACGGAAAUUCCGUAUGACUAUCGUCCAACUCAAGGUGUUCGAAUUCUAGAAUUUGAAAUAAAUGAUAUGGAAGUGAAUAACGAACGCAUAUCGAAAGACAUCGAGUUGUGGGACUGCAGUGGAAAUCACAAGUUCAAAAAUUGCUGGUCAGCUGUACGUAAAGACGCACAUGGCGUGAUACUUGUAUAUAGCGCAAAAAUACAGGAUUCUUCGAAAAAGUUGAAAGAAUUUUACGAUUAUUUCGUUAGUGGAGCCAAGUUGGGACCAAACAAUUGUGUAAUAUUUUUCUUUGAUCCUGAUAAUUCUGCAUCAAGCGCGCCGAAAAUUAUUUCAUCUAGCUUUGCUAAUGUUUCUCAUGUCAAGUGUAAUGUGGAUGAUAGCGGUGAUAAAUUAAAAGCUGAUUUUCGAUUGUUUCUAAGUACCCUAAUGACAAAACUGCAUGAAAACAAAGAAGAAAAACUAAUAUUGAGUGAUAAUAUAUUAUUUGCUAAAUAAUAUGUU